UCUGAGGCGAUGGGGAAUGAUGUGACGGUGCCCAGCAGCCGGCAGCCCAUCCCACCGGCGAGAGGCAACGAGUCGAUAGAUUUCAUCCAUCGCGAGGAGCGAGAUGCCAUCCACGAACACAAGGAGGUCGGCAUCCUCAGAUGCACAGCGACAUUCCUCAGGCAGAUAGACUUCUCGGCCGCCGUCCUCCGCACUCGGCUGGGGCGCUCCCUCGCGGCCAAACAGCCCGGCGGCAUUAUCGCAUUUGACGCUCAGCUGGAGAGCCCUCUGCUGCUGAAGGCCACCUGGCUGGUGGACACGCAGCAGUGGACCGAGGCGGUCAACGCGCUGAAGUUGGCGGUGCAGCAUGGCUUGUGCACUCUGCCGGUCACUAUAAGUUUGGAGGACCUCCAGAGGCACACCACCGAACAGGUGGGCGGGACGGAGGGGACAGGGGAGGAGGGAUGGGUGGUUCAGAGGGUGUGUCUGUUGUUGCAGGCGUAUUUGGCUGAGCCGCGUGUUUUGGCGCUGUGGAAGACGGUCGGUCGGCACGUUAACUUCGGCGGCAACUACGGCCGUUUUGAGCUGUUCGACCAGCCGGGCGGCGGUGUGCGUGCCAUCAACGACGAGCCUGGCUUCGAGCUGGACAUCAACCCCCCCCUCCCCGCCACCCACCCAUACCACCCUCACACCAUCACCGACAACCCGCCCGUCAGAUCCUCAAUCCACCUGCAGGGGGGCAGCUGGACGGCCGGUGGUGUGAUGGCCACUUAUGCGUCAAUGUCGGCGUUCAUCGUGCGCAUCAUCAUGGAGCGUCCACUGGCCAAUUUGGGCAAAACUGCUUUUGUUCACGUGGACCGGUACGAAGCAACACCACACACAUAUCCAUCCGUGGGGGUAUCUUCCUUCUGUUCUGUGUUUGCUUCUUCAGGUAUGAUCAUGGUGGCGUGCUGGACGGCCUCCUCAACCGCUCGCCCCACCAGCCGCCCGGCGGAUGCAGAACCAUCGUGGCGUUGAGGUGGGACGAUAUGAAUCCCCCUGCAGAGGUUCGGUUUCUGCUGCUGACGUCGUUCGACAUGCCAUUCGUCGCAUAUGUCGAUCUCGCCAGCCGUGCCGACAUGAAGACAGGCAACAAAGCGAUAAGAGGUCCUCUGUGCUCAUUGAGCCAGUGUUUGGCGUGUGCUGUUUCGCUGAAUGCAGUGGUCGUCGGUGUCGUCACUACUGAGCCGCCAGUGGGUGAUGCGUCGGAUGCCUUCAAGGACCGCCGGUACUGGUGCGCGGCCUGCUGAGCAACACCAUCGCAGACAUGGCGCUCAACCAAGAGGAAGAGGAGGAAGACUAUGAGGGUGGGUGAGCAGCCGGCCAUCGCGUCUCUGUGUGUCGGAUGAAUCGGGGUGUGUGUGUGUGUGUGGUGCAGAGGACGGCGCGGACGAUGAUGGUGACGAUGACGGCGAUAGCGAUGAGGGUGAGUGGUGGGGAUGUGUGUGUGCGUAUGUCGUUGGGCUCAUUCGUAUGUCUGCUGUGUGUGUGUAUCUACGCAGAUAUGGAUAGCAAUGGCGAGGACGAUGGCCAGCAAGAGCAGGAGGACGGUGAGCCAGAUCAGAGUGACCCACACGCACUCACUGUGUGCCUUAUGGAUGGAUGGACAUGAAUGUGUCAGAAUAGGGUGUGGAGAGGGAGGCCAAGAGAAGGAGGACCGCAGAGUGAUCGAGAGGGUCUCACGUGCCGUCAGAGUGUCGUGUGGGUGGUGCACUGAUUGAGGAUGGACAGGAGGACAACCGUAGACGUGUGCACAGACAGCGAGCGGCCCCUCUGACGCAUCCAUGCAGUCUUGACACACAUCGUACGAUGGCAUUGAUGUGUCCAUGUGUGUGACGAACCUUUUUUGUGUGUGCAUACGAACGGUUCAAUUGGUGGUGGCCAUGGUUGAACGGCUUUCCGUUUUGGUUUUCACGUCCACAUCAGAUCGGUGUGAAUGACUGGACGGACUGAGACAGCCAUUGACCUGAUCCAUGGGUGCAUAGCGUCAAUCAAUC